GGAGCGAUUACAUGACAUUCUGUUCACCACCUCUCUCAGCGCAGGACUGGUCCAUUUUACCAGAAUGGAUAGAAUAUCAUCUUUUAAUUGGAGUGCAGCAUAUUUAUCUCUAUACAACCAAUGGCAGCAGAGAUGAGUUAGCUAGGCGCCUGAGGAAAUACGUAACCCUGGGUAAGAUCAGCCUCCAAUCAUGGAUGUCACAGCCAUGGACAACAGUCAGUCACACAUUACACACAUUAAGUGCCAGAAACGACUGUCUCUACCGAAACAGGGAUGGUUCAAAAUGGUUAUCAUUUGUAGAUGUUAACGAAUAUUUAUAUCCGGAGCAAUCUGAAAAUUUACAAAUGUUAUUAGAAUCAUACUUGAAUAAAACGAAGACGAAGGUUUUAAAAUUGAAGAGAUUCUAUUUCGCCAGGCCCAAAACAGAAAGACAGAAGUCCAGACUACUCAUUGAAAGUUAUAGGAGAGAUCAUCUUGGAAAUUACAACGGAAGAGAAAAAUAUGUUGUUCAACCGCAGAAUGUGAGUUCUAUUUCUAUGCAACACGGUGAUCUGAACGUACUCACAAAUGCCGACCACGUGACAGUAAACAGAACAAUACUACGUGUAAACCACUACAAGACUGGGUUUUCACAGGGCAAAGAACUCGACGCCGGAAUGAAACGUUUUAUUCCACGUGUGAAGGCAUACCUUUGUCGACGUUUAGGACAAUGUCUUUAAUAGCGGCACAAAUGAUUCAUGACUUUGCUCAUACCAGAUCAAUAAACUAUCACAUGAAUAUAUGGUACAUAAUAUAUACCCGUAUUAUACCAACCGUUAUGAUCACGUGAAUAUAUAGUACAUAAUAUAUACCUGUAAUAUACCAGCUGUUAUGAUCACUG